CGAGCGCUCAAUCGAAGCCAAGCUCGGCGAAGAGUUCGGUGUCAGCAAAGAGAACGCCAGAAGCUUCGCUGAAAGGAUCCAAAACGCCGACUGCGGAAGCUGAGGCGAAGCCCGAGGAAGCCGUUAAAGAACAACCGGAGGGUGAGCCAGCGCCCGUUGAGGGAGCCUGGGAGCAAGGAUCGGAGCAAAGAUCGGAGCAAGGAUCGGAGCAAGGUGGAGCUGAGAACGAAGCCUUCGACAUGUUUCCCGAAUACGGAGAUGCGGCGCCCGAAGGACAGCUGGAGUCUGCGAAGGAGCCCGAGCCCGAAGCGCAGCGCUUGCUCUUUGCGGCGCUGGUUGUGCUCGCCACACUGGCACUGAUCGUGAUGGCCGGCCUGUUCCUGUACGCCAAGCCGUUCGAGGUGCUCACCAACGGCACCAUCCUCAAGGUCAGCCCUUGCUCGUCGCCCGGCUGCGUCAAGGCCAAGGCGCUCUCCGACAGCAUGCUUCAAUCCACCAACGUCAAGCAGGGAAGCCUGCACCCCUGCAACAGGUUCUACGAAUACUCGUGCGGGGGCUGGGCAGCCAGGAACAUAGAAACCAGCGCGCGCACAGCGCUGAACGAGGUACUGGUCAACAUGAUGAACCGAACUCUGUCCACGGCCAACCUGGACGCGUCGGAGUACGAGCCGUACCGAAACUUGAUCCUCUUCUACCGAUCCUGCAUCGAAUUUCACACGACGACCAUGCCGACAGAUGUGCGCGUGCGCAAGGCCCUCUACCUGCUCGACUUGAGCUUCACCGAGUGGCUUCACCACAACCAGGAACCCAUAAUCCUGUUCUACUUCAUGAUACGCCUCUCUCUGUCCCAGGGCAUCAACACAUUACUGAAACUGCACGUGGUCGAGAAGAACCGGGAGGCACGCGUGGUGUUGGAGAUUGGCAUGUCGGCGUGGCAAAAGUUCUCCUCGGGCACUUCGCGUAAGUUUGACGAAAGGACGUACAAGCUGUACAUGAGCGAUGCGCUCUUCAGCCUCGACAUCCCCAACAUCACCGAUAAGGUCAUCGAGAAAACGCUCAGCUGGGACAACGUUACUACAACAAGGCACACGCUGGCGAAGAAGGACCUCAUCCAUGAGCACACCGUCUACGAUCUGAUCCGAGGACAGGGCAACGUCAGUGGAGAGGACUGGUUGUACGCCAUCAACGACAACUUGCCGCAGACGCUGCGCCUAAAGAACAACUCGCACAUGGACACACACAAGCUGACGUUCAUCGAGCAAGUGGUCAACGAAUUCUUCAGCAAGAGCAAGAUCGAACUGGUCACCUACGUCUUCACGCUGGCUAUCGCCGAGCUGCUUCGCUACGACUUCAACAGACAACACAGGUACAUAGCGACGUGCUUGAUGUCCUCGUACGACAACUUCCCCGAGCCCCUGAGGAGCCUGUUUGUCAACAAACACCUGAAGAAGAGCGUCCUCGACCACUUUCGGAUAUUCUUCGAGAACAUCAAGACAGAAGUGCAAGCCAGCAUUUCCAGCUUCGACUGGAUGGACCAGAACACGCGCAUCAAGGCACGUGUCAAGAUCAGCACGGUGGGGCUGCGAACUGUGGAGAGCACCACUCGAGAGGUGAACCCCGACGAGGAGCCGAUGUCCGGGGACUUCCUGUCCAACUACGUGGUGAUUGCUCACUACAACAAGAAGCGUGCCAACCGCUAUCCAGAACCGAGCCAGAAAUACCAGCAGAACCUCGACCUGAUCAUCGGGAACGUAUUAGUGGACUACGAGGACAACGUGAUCAGCGUUCCCGCCAGAGACCUGCUGGAGCCAGUUUUCUACGAGGACGUACGUCUUCUCACCGUGGCUCGGCAACCGUGGGCUGACUCGCAGACGAAAGAGAAAUUCGUUAACCUCUCGGCGAUCGGCACUACGGUGGCAGCCGAGGUGAUCUCCGUGGCCUUCUCGCCGUCCGGCUCCAGGUUCGCGGCCGGCGGUCUCAAGAUAGACUGGUGGCCGGAGCGGGUCACCACGAGCUACCAAAAACGCUUGAACUGUUACGAGAGUGAGUAUGCCCAGCUCAGGGAUGCCAUUACGUUGGGCAAUACUACCAGCUCGGGGCCACCAUCGGAAGAGGUCCUGGAGUACUUGAUGACGUACAGCCGGGGCGUCGAGAUCGCCUACAAGAUGGCCGACAUUUCGGACAACAGUAACAAGCAGCUGUUUUUCACGCGAUUCUGCCAGACGUUUUGCAACAGCAACCAGUUCAAGAACACGCACGCACGCAAGACCCUCAACGUCAAGCUUGCCUGCAUGUAUCCGCUGCUGCACAGCGAAGGCUUCCGCGAAGCGUUCGAAUGCGACCACACGCACACUCUCUACCCCAAGAAGAGCUGUCCGCUCCUGUAAUCGGCAGGAUGCUUCGCCUUGCCUACAAGUUCAAGGCUUGUGCUGCGAAGUUGGCACUUUGGCUUUCGACUUGGUAUCGUCUUUGUGAAGGUAGUUGACGCAUCGCCCCCAACAUGUGUCUGACCGAGGGUGUCCUUCGGUCACCCGUUUAUGACACACUGUUUGCGACACUGUUUGAUUAAUAUAGUUUUCGCAUGUACCUUUUAGUGUCUUUUGAGCUUGGCCUGCCUAGAAUGUGUAAUUAUUUGCUGUCAUUUUCUAUUCGGACGAAACUCUGUUCAGAGAUAUUCCGCAGUAACGGUUCUUCUUUUCAACGCACGCACUAGUGUGACGUCGACUGGAGCGUAAUUUUGGUCUGCCGUCUAAAAUUUUGCGCCUGUUAUACAAAAUAACAAAUAAAACACUGCAUAUUCUUGACCGUUCA